AUGAACAUUUUCCGUGGAGACCAAUUGAUGCCCUCAGAGCGCUACAGUGUUCAGCCACGUGGAAAUGUUGUCCAGUUAACGUUGAAACAGUCCCAGAAAGACGAUACCGGUCACUACUCGUUGGUUGCCAAAAAAUUGACGACUAAUUACUCUGACAGUAACGAUAUUAGCAUUGAAGGAGUUAGAAAAAAAAUACGAAUGAAUAUUCGCGACGCCAGUGAUGACCCUGAAGAGGGUGAACCUCCGAUAUUUGUACGAAGGCUCACGGACUUGGCUGUUAAAGUUGGUACGAGGACGCGGUUUCUUGUUGAAAUACGGAGCUCUUCAAGUCCAAAGACAGUGAAUAAAAUACCCGGAAGACGGAGCUUGAAGAGUCACUGA